AUGAGCAUCUCCAAGGCCCUGCAGGGCCUGAAGCGGUUCACCACCUGCGACAUUGGCGACGCGCUCGUCAAGCUCAAGCACCCGUACGGCGGCUUCCUGGACGGCCUCCAAAUGUUCUCGCCGGGAAGCGGAACCAGCAUCUACGGACCGGCCAUUACAGUGAAGAUGGUCGAGACAAAGAGUCCCGGCCCGACGCCUCCCAUUCACUUUGCGGACUCAAAUAAACCAGGCCACGUCAUGUACAUCCAGCAGCCUAAGGGGCUUCCUUCCGCGUGCUGGGGCGGCUUGAUGUCGACCCGGGCGCAGAAACUUGGCAGCCUGGGUACUAUCAUCGAUGGUCGUAUGAGGGACAUCCAAGAACAUAUCGAUAUGAAGUACCCGGUCUUCGCGCGAAGCACAUCCGUGCUUGGAUCGAAUGGAUUCACCCGUGCAUCCGAGAUUAACGUCCCACUGCAAUUCAAAGGCGAUCUCUGGAUCUACCCGGAGGAUAUCCUAGUGGGUGAUGAGAACGGUGUUGUGGUUGUGCCGCCGACUCUGGUGGAGCAGGUCGUUGAGCUAUGCCAGGAGCGCUUUGAGAUUGAUGAGAAGACUAUGGAGGCUCUUCGGGCCGGUGAGGCUAUGGGGCCGACGAUAAAGCGGCUGCGCAAGUAG